GGCGGUGGUGGUGUACAACCAGGAGCGCUACGGGAACGCCACCGAGCCCAUGUCGCACGCGGGAACAGGAAAUACAGUCGUCAUUAUGAUUAGCUAUCCAAAAGGAAGAGAAAUUUUUGAUCUGGUGCAAAAAGGAAUUCCAGUAAAAAUGACCAUAGGGAUUGGUACCCGUCAUAUGCAGGAAUUCAUCAGUGGUCAGUCUGUGGUGUUUGUGGCCAUUGCCUUCAUCACGAUGAUGAUUAUUUCAUUAGCAUGGCUAAUAUUCUAUUAUAUACAGCGUUUCCUAUAUACUGGCUCACAGUUUGGAAGUCAGAAUCAUAGAAAGGAAACUAAAAAAGUUAUUGGCCAGCUUCCACUACACACCGUAAAGCAUGGAGAGAAGGGACUUGAUGUUGAUGCCGAGAAUUGUGCAGUGUGUAUUGAAAACUUUAAAGUAAAGGAUGUUAUCAGAAUCCUGCCAUGCAAGCAUAUUUUUCAUAGAAUAUGCAUUGACCCAUGGCUUUUGGAUCACCGAACGUGUCCAAUGUGUAAACUUGAUGUCAUCAAAGCCCUGGGAUAUUGGGGGGACCCUGAAGAUGCACAGGAGCUACCUAUUCCAGAAGCUGCCCCAGGAAGUGUUUCUAUUGGGAAUCUGAGUGUGACAUCCCAAGAUGAGGACAGGAGUGCUGAAAGCAACCUUCCAUCAUCAUCCUCGAGUGAAUCUGGGCCAAACCGCCCCUGUUUCAAAGAAGAUGCAGGGGAAGACACAGCAUUACUAGGAGCCGGCAGGAAUGAACCUCAGCGUGGAGGAUCCAUCUGCUAGUGCACCUCCUCAAUGACAGCCUCACCGACAGAGCCUUGGCUUGAACUACAGGACAUUUAAUUUUUUACUCUAGGGCAUAGUUUGUAUACUUGAAAACAGUGGAUAUUAUUUUACUUUACCUUUCAGAUUCAGAUUUGAUAUACAAAGGGCUGAGAUAUUUUAUUCCUAAAAAGACUUAAUUAGCCUUCAUCUAUUUAUCUACUGAAGUAUGAUGUAUAUCAUAAAUUUUGUUGCGUCAGACUGUCACAGAUGUGGAGGGUAGUGUUUCUGAGUACUAGACUAGCUUCUGUGGUACUGUAAACCAAGAUUCUGUUUCUCAGGCUUUUAGACAAAGCUCACUAUGUAGAAUUGUGUAAUAUAAUUCAGUAAUUGAUCAAAUGGGCUUUCCCUGAAGCAGAGACUCUUUAGAACUUGUAAAACGAGAAAUCUUGCCAUAGGCAGUGGGUACACCUGUAAACCCAGCACUCAGGAGGCUUCGGCAAGAGGAUUUUGAGUUCAAGCCAAAAAGAAGGGACUGAGGGGAGAGAGAAAUCAAUUGUCUUGCACUAUAUUGUCCAUAGAGACUUUAAAACCAAGCAUACCUUUUUAUUGUUUGGAAUUGUGAAAAGAACACUAGUUGACUUUAUGAUUUGCAUUUUUACCUUUAUUGCCAAUUUCUUUUGACACUUAAAAGAAGGAAAUUAUCUGUGUUUUUCUACAAAAAAUGACAAGAAUGUCAUAUUGCACAUUAAAAGUAUUAAAAUAUUGUUUCAUUAAGAAAAUCAAGUAGGCAUCCUGUGAUGUUUUUAAGUAUUUAGUAUAUUUCAGUGGAUCUAAUCUUUACAAUUAAAAAGAUUUAAAUUAAAAUUUUUGAUUUUUUUUUUUGUUGUUGUUGUUGUUAGACUAAAAUAACUUUCCUAAUGAAAUUUUAAGACAGUUCAAUCCUGUGACCUUUUAACCAUCUUUCCUCUGCUUGAUGAUCCCAAGCCUUUGAAGGUUGUUGUCUGAGUUCUAUAGAGUGGUCAAAUAUACUUUUAAAAAGUGAGGAGUCAUUUGUUGAUCCUAAACUUGUGUUGCAUGUCUACUUUGUAGACAAAAAUAAAUGCUUGUUGACAAAAAAAAAAAAUGUAACAAAUUUUAUUUAGCAGUCAGUCCAUUCAACACAAGAAGUUUACAAAGGAUAAAAAGUGUAUUAAUAAAAGUCAGUCCAAAGGACACAUAAAAUAUGUCCCUGAUUCAAAAUAUUUUGCACUUCAUGAUAAACUGAGAGUGCUUUUUAUUUUUAUAGUUUGUGUGUAUGGUACAUUCCCUAUAUGUAUGUCUAUUUACCAUCUGCAUGCCUAGAUCAAAGAGGCCAAAAGAGGGCAUCAGAUCUGAUGAAACUGGAGUUACAGAAGGUUGUGAGCCAUCUUGUGGUACUGGGUAUUGAAUCUGGGUUCUCUAACCACCGAACUGUCUCUCUAACCCAAGGAGAGAAUGCUUUAAAUGUUUCUAGCUGACACCACAAGUCAGUAGAGGUCACUGAUCCACAGUCCUUGCUUUUUGCAUUAAUGCUCUCAGCUGGAACUAUUUACAGGACAGGGGACAAACAUGAGUCAGGAACAUAUCCAAGUCUACUACUCUCCAUUUCAAGGCUUCUACCAGGUAAAAGACAAAUAUUUCCUCUGCAUAUAUAUUUAGGAAUAACUUCAUCAAUAUCAUUUUCAGAUCUGUUUUCCAUUUUUUCCAGAGCAAAAACUUUUAUCUGUAUUCGUAAGUUUGAUCAAGAAUUUCAGCUACUUCUUAAUCUAAAUGGGUAACCAUUUCGUCUAGUUUCCAGUCAUCUCUUGUGGUCUUUCUUUGUUUCAAGGCUUUGAGCCCUACCUAGGUGUGAUCCAUUUUCUCCAUCUGCUAUCUUAGUUUGUCACUGACUGCUUGCUGAAAGAUGGUCCAAUAAUGUCCAUACUGAUUAUGUCAUCUCUGACCACAGGAGCCUGGAAAGGGUACUGGGAACUUGUGGCAGGGUAUGGACCACCUCGUGGGUAAGGACAGCUAGGGUGGCUGCUGGGACUAGAGAGAGGUAUCCAAAUGGAUAUAGAAAUUCCACUUGGCAUGCCUGGCAUAUAGGCCAUUGAUAAUCCUGUUUUUAGGUACAGUGGAAAGGAUGUAGAAAUGGUAGAAUGGAGAACACUGAAAAGGUCCUUCUCUAAAGGUCACGACACGAAUAAGCUCCAAAGUCUGACUGUAGGUGUUUCAGUUCAUAUAGCUAUAGGUAUAUUGGAAUAUUAUGUAAACAUACUGCUUCCGUAAUACAUAGGGAUUGUUCCAGUAAGGUUCAUUAGUUCUCUGGAACUGCGAUCAUUUAAAAAAUGAGUCCAGUACAAUUUUGAGAUCUUUGUAUAGAGUAAUAACUGACAGUGUCACAUACAAAAGUGUGUCUGUUUAUAUAUGGACACCAUCUCCUAGAGCUGGCCCUGGGGCGGCGCUAUGGCACCAUAUGCCUCCAUCUUCACAGGCAUCAGCAUCAAGGGCUGCCACAGGUCAGGGAAUCGCAGAGGGUAUCCCAAGCCAGCACCAAGAAAAUAAAAAUUUAAAGGCUUACAUUUAUCCUUAGAGCCAUAUCUAAGACAUGGAAGUGUCUUAGCUAUUUUUCUACAGAUUGAUUCUAGCUACUCAGUAAAAUAUGUGGUGAAUUUUACUGAAGGAAAUGUAUAACUAGAUAAAUAUGAUGAGCUCUUGAAGUAGAAAAUCUUUCUUAUUAAGAAUCUCAAAAUUGGUUUUACAAGUUCUCACUGAACUUCUGUGGUCAAUGCCAAUAGGAAAAUACGAAUCUCUAUCAAGUAGAUUAGUGCUGUCUUCUAAGACAUACCAGAAAAAAUGCUGUCAUCGUUCUAACAGUGAAUGAAGCUGGUUUUUACAAUGGAUAUUGUGAUAGAGCAGGCUAAAUUGUUUUUAAUGAUUUAACCAUUACUGAAGAACUUUUUAAGGCAAGGUCUCCCUGUUUAAUCCAAUCUGAGUGAAUUCACCAUCCUUCUGUCUCAGCCUUCCCAGUGGUGAGAUUACAAGCAUGCGGACCACUUCUCUCAAUAGUGUUUUGAAGAUUGGAGGCAGUGGUUGAAAGAGGCAAUGUCCAUUGACACAGAAGGUUGUUUGCUGUGUGGUUCCUGGUCUCCUGGCUUUUCACUCUGCAGUAUUGAUUGGUAUUUUGGCACUCCCUGCAGAAAACCAGAGUUGUGACCACAUGGUCUCACUUAGCAGGUGACUUGAAGAUUUAAGUUGAACUUAAAGAUGUCAUGAAGUUAAACCUAUGUUAAAUUAAACUCUUUUAAUUAUA